AUGAAAUACCUGCUUGGGUUUAUCGCAAUACUGCUACCUUCGAUCAUAUGUCGUGAUUUGCGGUGCGAUUUCGAAGAUCCAAAUGACUUAUUAAGCAGCAAUGCUCUGGUUGGGUGCCAAAUCCGCCAUGCCGAUAACAGGUACUCAACUGUCACAUGUCCAAAUCAAGUAAACGACAUCGAGUAUAUAUGGCACCCUCGUCCAAAUUCGGACAAAGACGCUCCAAUCAAGACGUACUUCAGUGAGAAUGGCAAGCUGCGUUCCGCUGCUAUUUCGGAUGUCUUGCGCUCUGAAGCCUUGAAACCACUCAUGAAGCUGGAAUCUAGACCGUUGAAGCGUAGUUUGCACUUCUAUUUACCUAGACAUGAAUUGUUUGUCAUUACCAAAGCCCGCCUGAUCUUCAUCUGUGGACCGCGAGAUUUGGUUCUGACUGAUGAAGUGCAGCGUCAACUGAGCCGCCUCGAUGACUUUGUUGGGAUUCAAAAAUUCCCGUGGAGUGCAACAACACCAUUGACUGAGGAAUUAUCGAAAAUAGGGCAGGGCUUGGGAGUGGUUUUCUUGAACAGAGAACUUGAGCAUUUACCACCCCAGGGUUGUGGCACCCGCCCUUCGCCACUGUUCUCUCCGGAUCAUGAGGUGAAUUUGGAUCCUGUCACAGGCAUAAGGUCAUGUGUGGUAGAUCCCAUGUCGGAGUCACGAAUUGGUUUCCUUUGCGAAGGCAGGAUUGAACCUGAGGAUUGCAUGACGUCUCUCUAUGAUAAGGAUGGUGGAGUUGUGAAACCUCCUCGACCACGUUUUUAUUGGAAAUUCGAACACCAUAGGCCUUGGGUGGUAGCGCAAUAUUUUGACAAAUUAGCCUUACUUCCCUUCCAUGGCGAAUGCAGGUGUAUAGAUCCCCAAACGGGCCAUGUGAAAGCCACGAUAGAGGUCCGCUCAAAAACCGAGUACAUUUGUGACAUUUCUAGCUUGAUAUUACGUAACCGUUUUCGCCCCAUCCGCGGCCCUUGGUGUUCGGUUAUGUUACAUCCAGGCAAUACGUUGACCAUAAGGUUUCCCUCAAAGCCCAUAAAUUCGGCUUCUACAAAGGAGCCUUCUGACGAAAAUUCUUACGGAGAUAUCGAUGAGCAUCUUUCGAAUAUACCAUUCUCUCAACUGCCAUCUAUCUACGAAUACGAGACAGAAUUUUUGCCGCAGGACAUGACGACGCUGCGGCAGCAGGCGUAUUACUAUGACCUUGAAACUUAUGGCGAAAUCUCCUACAACAAAGCACUUGCUGGCGAUGCUCUUGAGUUAGAUGUUUCCCAAAUUGCCCGAGGAGAGGUGAAGCUUAAGUAUCAUAUAGACAAACCUCUAUCGUCGCUAGGAGGUCACAACGUUUUCUUGUAUCACUGGACGUUGAUAUCUAAAAACGAAAAUGUACUCGAGAAAAUACGCUCCACCGUCAACGUCUCCUUUGCAUUUAACCAUGACUACACGAAGGUUGGUUGUGAUAGGGGGCAAAGGCAUGUAUUCGAUCAACACUCGAGCAAGAACUAUUGCACAAACAAACUAAUGAGUAACGAUACAGGGAGUACUUACGAAUGCGCAUUGCAUUUUUGGAGGGCCGAAUGGAAAACCGGCAUUUACUGCAGUCCCGACGAAGAGCUGUUGCCAAAAAAUUGUGACUCUACAGCAUAUGACCUCUACUCAAACAGCAUCAUUCCAUUACCUAUAUCGGUGCGUAGCGUAACACCAUAUCCAAUUCAGGGGUUCCAGGUAUUAAACGUGGCCGUACAAAAUACGCCCAUCAGUUAUGCUUGUAUAUGUGUUGACCAACGUGGACACGAAACGUCAAGGCUUAUUCUCGAGUCAUACGAUAAAUUAAGCCGCAACUUCGUGGUUACUCCCAAACCUAUGGCUGCCUUGGCACACGUUCGUAUUGUUAUGUGA